AUGGACGCAUCCGAAACAAAGCCUAAACACGCCUACACAGAAUCUAUCCAACACGGUGACCUGGACUGUCUGGAAGGACUCAACUUUCAACCAGAGGGUACGCGGAAACUGACCCCUUUACAAACUAUAUCCGCCAGCUGGAUCAUUUGUGACAGCUGGGCGGGAGUUGCUGCCACAGUAGCUCUUGCAAUAGUCCAGGGCGGGCCCGUAACUCUCAUCUAUGGGUUGAUUUUGAUCUUCUUUUUGGUCGGUGCUUGUACCCUGACCCUGGCCGAGCUAGCCAGUACAUAUCCAACCGCUGGCGGGCAGUACCAUUGGACGAGCAUUCUGGCCCCGAAGCAUCUGAGUCGGGCGUUGAGUUAUUGUUGUGGUGUCUCCAACAUGCUUGCCUGGAUCGCUAUCUGCACUGGGAUUGCCAUCAUACCAGCACAGCUUAUCCUCGGUAUUGUCCUCUUCUAUGACUCGGAGUAUCAAUCGCAGCCGUGGCACUACUUCUUAAUCCACCAGUCCAUUAAUGGGCUGGUCCUGUUGUAUAACACAACCCUGUUGAAGAAGUCCCUCUGGUUUCAUGACGUAUCCUUCUUCAUGACCCUCACAAGUUUCGUCAUUAUCAUGGUGACUUGCCUUGCUCGCUCGGCCUCUCGGUACGAGGCAUCUAGUAGUGUAUGGGCCACCUUUCUAAAUGGCAGUGGAUGGAACUCGGGCGGAGUGGCCUUUCUCACGGGUCUUGUCUCUCCCAACUACAUAUACGCUGGUAUUGAUGGUGCCUUGCACUUGGCAGAAGAGUGCCGGAAUGCAACAACCGCUGUUCCUCGUGCUCUGAUGAGUACCUUGGUUAUUGGCUUCGUCACCUCUUUCGCCUUCAUGAUUACGAUGCUAUACUGUACCAGUGAUUUGGAUACUGUGGUGGCAUCGUCUACCGGAGUUCCAAUUUACGAAAUGUGGCAUCAAGCGACACGUUCCACCUCGGCCGCUACCGUGUUCAUUUGCCUCCUUCUGCUCGCAGCCGUCUUCGCUCUCACGGGCGCUCAACAAACGGCAUCUCGCCUUACCUGGUCCUUGGCAAGAGACCGGGCCCUGAUCGGUAGUCAAUGGACCGGACAAUUGCAUGACACCCUAGAAGUCCCCGUCUGGGCUCUGGUGUUCAACUAUGCAGUUAUGUUCCUCAUCGGCCGUGUUUACUUAGGAUCAUCAUCUGCAUUUAAUGCCUUUAUCGGUACCGGCUUAGUUCUACAGCACAUUUCAUACGCUUUCCCGGCCGCGUUGCUGCUGUAUCGAUGCCGAUCGGCGACUUGGUUGCCGGAUCCACGCCCGUUCCGAUUGCCCAGUCCAGUGGGUUGGGGAGCCAAUCUAAUCACUGUGUGCUUCGCAGUGUUGGUGUUAAUCUUUUAUGACUUCCCGACUGUGAUGCCGGUCACUGGCAGUAAUAUGAAUUAUACGCCUGCGGUGCUCGGUGCCAUGGCCAUUGUUGCUGGCAUAAAUUGGUUGGUGUAUGCGCGAAAGUGGUAUCAGGGUCCACGACUUCGCAGAUCCAGUGGGGAAAUUCAGAAAUAA